AUUGAGUAGCAGCAGGUAGCUGCCAACUUACCUUUUCCGGCCAGAGGAAGAAAGAGAGGGAGGGAAAGGAACAAAGAAAAAGGGUAUUAUUUUAAGGGGGUGGAAAUGGGGAGAGGGAGGGUAGAGCUGAAGAGGAUAGAGAACAAGAUAAACCGACAGGUCACAUUUGCCAAGAGAAGGAAUGGGCUGCUGAAGAAAGCCUACGAGCUCUCAGUUCUGUGCGACGCAGAGGUUGCCCUCAUCCUUUUCUCCAACCGUGGGAAGCUCUAUGAGUUCUGCAGCUCCUCCUAUAAUCAAGACGAUAGAGAAGUACCAAAGGUAUACCUAUAGGCAGCUAGAGUCAGACCCCUCUUCCAAUGACAGUCAGGUAAAGUAACUCAUAACCCUUGCUUUUGUACCAUGAUCGAAACAACACCCAACUAGUGGCUAUUUAUGCUAGGUGUCUGCUUGUGCGUGGCCUGCCAUAGGUUAUGGCUCAAUACAAGCUUUGAGGGCGG